GCGCGAGAAUGGUUACGUUGCGCAAAAUGUCAAAAUGUAAUUUCGUGCGUUUCGACUAGCAGACGAAGUUCGUGAGUCGUGAUGGAAUCGGUCGAACGUACGCUCGACAUCGCCAGUAUUUUAACAUGAUGCGCGGAGAAUCGCAGGUCAACAUCUCGCGUUAGUUCGCUUCUGAGAGGUAUAAGGGUGUGCAUGCUCUUUGAAGAUGGAUAUACCUUCAGAGAUAUUAGAAACUCUGGAUAUUGUGGGUGGCAAGAAUGUCAUGGAAGUAUUGAAAGAUGGUGUUUCGGAGCAGGAUAUCAUAUUGGAGUCAGAAGUGACAGAGGAUGUUGAAGAGACAGAAAUAGAGGAAAUCAUAGAGAUAAUCGAAGAGAUUGAAGAAUGCGAUGAAAUUCCUGCAGAUGAUGAUGUAUCUUUGUCAAAGGAUAAGACAUCAAGUAUGAAGAAGAAUGGAAUAGUUGUAAAGGAGAUGAAUGAAAUACAUAAGGAAGCAAAUGACAAGAAUACCGAGAUCUAUGGCUUUGAUGAAGAGAAUUCAAUGUUUAUUUCACCAUCUGUAACAGAGGAGGUAAUCAAGAACAACAGCACACAGAACAGCAGUAACAAGAAGCAAGUUAUAAAAUAUGAUGUAGAUGAGGACUGGCAAGAUGAAGAUCUAGAGCGUAUGGAGGAGUUGGAUAAUACUGAAAUACAGGCACAGGUUAUCUCCAAAAGUGAUAAGAAACAUGUAAAUAAUCAAAGCGUCACUAUGUCGCUGCAAUCAAACAGAUUAGAUAUAAGGACUCAUAUGGAUUCCAUGGCAAAAUCUGACAAGCUAAAAAUGGAUAGUGGCAUUGGAAGUAAUGUAAAUAAUAUCGAAGACAAUAGUAGCACUCACGAGAUAGUGAAGAAUGUAGAAAACAAUUUGUUAUACACUGUACUUGGGACAAAGAAACAAGAUUCCUCUAUGAAGCAACAGGAGAAGCUCAGUGAUGCUCAGUAUAUCAAGAUGGAACGACUUGACGAGAAUACCAUACCAGUUGAGGGUACUAUCUAUUAUGAGGGAGAUAACAUGGAGACACUGUAUGUAGCACAAGCUGUUGACGAUAAUGAGCAAUAUCAGUACGAUAAUGCUGCGAUUGAACAGGAUGAACAGAUAUGGGAAACUUCAAAUAACGAAUCCAAUCAAAACCAAGAGGAGGAUAAUUCUCAAGAUCAGAUAUUUCUACAUGAGGACGAAGACGGACAGCUGUACUUCAAAGACGACAACGGAGCUUUGCAACCGGUGUAUUUGACUGACGACGGGAAUUACGCGAUCGCAGAAAAUAACGACGAUCAAGUGACCAGUAAAGAAUUGCAAUCGAAAUCUGAGCAAAAUAAUAAAACGAUAGAAGACGAUUCUUUUAUUUUGCCUGAUUUAGAUACAAAAUCUUCCAAUAAACAGAUGUCUAAUACUGCAAUAGCAGCGUCGCCGCUGCUGGAUAUCGACAAUGACGAUACUGUAACUAUCUCGUUGAUAAUAUCAGAGGAUGAGAAUGGACAAAAGAGAACCCAAGUCAUUAUACCAACAACAGACAAUUUAAAAUGCGACAUCUGUAAUAAGAGCUUCAAAACGUCUUUCCAGUUACUUAGACACAAUCGGCUGAAACAUGCUCGUGAAGAAGAUAUAACUACAAGAAAUUUUCCUUGCGAUUUGUGUCCCAAGAGAUAUCCCGAUCAGACAUCUCUAGCUCGCCAUAGGAAAACUCAUACCGGCGACCGACCUUUCCAAUGCUUGGAAUGCCACAAAAACUUUCCCACGUCCACAGCGCUACGUCGUCAUUUGAAUCUUCACAAUUCGCAGCCUUCCGCAGCCGUUCUUCAGCAACGACCGCUUCCCUGCAUCUAUUGUGGCCGCCGAUUCAUGGAGAAGGCCAGUCUAACGAAACACGAAGAGUCGCACAUGCCUAGCGAGCAACGCGUACACACAUGUGAUAUAUGUCAGAAGUCGUUCUCGCAUGUGACUGAUCUGAGUAUGCACAAGAAGUAUCAUGAUCCCGACAAGAAAUUCGAUUGUGAGGUGUGCGGCCGUGAGUUUAACCGUUUGAACAAUCUGCAGAGACAUAUGAUGGUUCAUCAGCAACAACAAGGAGAAAACGAAGAAAUACUCUCCUGCGAUGUAUGCGGAAUCACAUACAAGUUCAUGAGUUCGCUGACGAGGCAUAUGGUAACCACGCACAUGAACCCUGAGAAAUUGCGACAGCAAGCGGAGGAGCAGCGACGAAAACGCGAAAAUAAUUACCGGAAGUAUUUGGAGAACCGAAAGAUGUAUGAGACUCAGCAUACCACAUACAAUACAAAACGGAACUAUCAUAACGCGCGUAUACUCACCGGGAAUAACGACGACACGGCCUGA